AUGGCUCCGACGGUGCAGAAGGCUCUCAUCUCCCCAUCGAAACGCGCCUUUUGGGUGCUUCGCAACGACUGGCCUGUCCCGAAACCUCAGCCCACGGAAGUCAGGAUCAAGGUCAUGGCUUCUGCGCUAAACUUCGCCGACUGCUUUGUCCAGAUAUUUUCAAUCGCCUUCAUCACAAAGUACCCUUGGGUGGGCGGCUACGACGUGGCAGGCGUCAUCGACGAGAUCGGCUCUGAAGUGACCGACUUUGCGAAGGGAGAUAGAGUCGUCGCGCCAGCAGGCUCGGACCGCGACAGUAACCGCGACUCUGGCUUUCAGGAGUACUGCGUGUGCUUCGCACAAAACGUAGCCAAGAUCCCUGAUAGGAUGUCGUUUGAUGCGGCCGCGAGCAUCCCGCUAGCACUCACGACGGCGGUCGCCGGCAUGUGGUCCGCAGAUCGUCCAGAGAAUCCCGAGUUCACGACGGUCGCGAUGACGCCUCCUUGGGAGGCAGGUGGGACCACGAAGUACGCAGGGAAGCCGGCGUUCAUCCUCGGCGGCGCGACUUCCGUCGGCCAAUUCGCCAUCCAAGCGGUGCGCAUGCACAACUUCUCGCCGAUCAUCGUCACCGCCUCUCUCCGCCACACGGACUACCUCACGUCCCUCGGCGCGACGCACGUCAUCGACCGCAACCUGCCCGCCAAAGCGAUCCUCGCCGAGGUCCGGCGCAUCACCAAGGGCGCCCCGGUCGCGUACGCGUCCGACGCGGUCGGCGACAAGACGACGCAGCUCCUCGCGUUCGACUCCCUCGCGCCCGACGGCCGCAUGUCGUCUGUCACGCCCGUGGGCCCGUGGGACCGCACGAAGGCGAAGCUCGCGCCGGGCGACACGCGCCGCGUCGGGCGCGCGAUGGCCUCGUUCCGCCUGCCGCAGUACCGCGAGCUCGGGGUGGAGGUGUACAAGCGCCUCCCGGGAUGGCUCGAGACGGGCGCGCUGAAGCCGACCCGGGUGCAAGUCCUCCCUGGGGGGCUGAAGGCGAUCCCGCAGGGCCUCCGGCCGAUCAUCGGGGGGAAGGUGAGCGGGGUGAAGCUCGUGGUGAACCCGCCGGACACGCCGGAGGACACGAAGCUGGAGGAGAGCUGGCCAAACUUGAAGAACUAUUGUGCCGUCAUCGGCAGGUUUAUGUAG